AUGUCGGCGACGGAUAAUUUCGAGGAGGAUGCCGCCCGAGGGAGGUAUGACGGGCACCAUUCGGGGAAGCACCCCAUUCCGACCAUACAGGGCUACAGAGAACACAAGCGGCAGCUCGAGGGCCAGUAUGAGGAGACUGAAGAUAAUCAGCGCGGCCCAGAGGAUGAUUCAAAACCCAAGCGUGCCUUUGAUUCCGUCAAGGCCAUAUACAAGGGUGAGGAUGCUUCAAAGUCGACCCAUGAUCCGUAUCCUUCCACCAACCGGAAUUAUGAAGUACCUCCUGGUGGCGCGGAGCAGGCAGAGCAGCACCCGGAACAGCAUUCGGAGCAGACGGAAUCCAAGCAGGACGACAGCUCAGUCUCUCGGCACAGCUCCAAGUCGAACAAGGAUGACCAAAAGCAAGACAAGACUGCAACAGAGGAAGUGGCGAGUAUGGUCGAUCCUAGGGACAAGCGGAAGGCGAUGAAGAAAAAUAAGCGACACGGCGGAGGUCGUGAAGUCACUGACCCGGUAACGCAUCUCCCUAUCACCAUCCACGAUUUGACGGACAAGGAUCUCAAGUCGGCGCCGGAAAAUGUGCCGGAGCCUGGGACGGAUCACACGACAGCCACCGGUCCGCAAGGCGCCUCGAAGUCGGAGGACGAGCUCGAUGAGGAGCAGAGGCGUCUUCAGAGAGGCUACAAUGGCGUUCAGCGCCUUUUCCCGCCUCCUGAUUUCGAGGAUAUGAAGAAAGAGCUGGCUAUUAUUUAUCAGCAAGCCAUCUUCGGAGGCAUAGCCAUCAUUGGCGUGGCAACUUCUGUCGUCUUUAUCAUCCCCGCAUUUAACGGUCGCUUAUAUCCCCAGCUAUCAACGGUGGUUGGCUUCGUUUCCUUCCUUAUCGUGGCAGUAGCUACAGCCUGGGCCGUCAGCAGAUGGGUCAACAAAAAAGCAAACGAGGUAUUCGACGACGAGGUAUGGGAUGCAACCAGGCUCGAAGAAAACCGGGCCCUCGACUCGGACACUGAACUCCCAGAAUCGGUCCAGUGGCUAAACCGCCUCUUUGCAUCCAUAUGGCCGUUGGUCAAUCCAGACCUGUUCUCCUCUUUGAUCGACAUGAUUGAGGACGUAAUGCAAGCAUCGUUGCCAAAGGUCAUCAAAAUGGUCAGCGUUGAUGACAUGGGACAGGGCAACGAGUCGAUCCGUAUUUUGGGCGUCCGCUGGCUCCCAACAGGUGCUUCCAGCAGGAGCGUCGACUCUGAUGGGCACCUGAAAGAUCCCAACAAGGGCAAGCAAAGCGAUCGUACAGAUUCGCAAAAUGAACAGGAGGAUGAUGAUGAUGCUGGCAAAUCUGAUUCCGAUAAGGAGGAAGAUGGUGGGCAGACCAAGGAGCAAGAACAAGAACAAGCUGCCAUUCGAGAGGGUAUGGAGGCCGAGGAGGGUGACUUCAUCAACCUUGAACUUGCUCUCUCAUAUCGAAGCCGAUCUUCAGGCAAGUCCAUCAAGGAGAAGGCUAAGAACGCCCACUUGUAUCUGAAGUUCUAUCUCCCUGGAGGAGUGGCGAUCCCUGUUUGGGUCGAGCUUCGUGGACUCAUCGCAACUAUGAGACUCAGACUACAGCUUACACCUGAUCCGCCCUUCAUCAGCCUCUGCACCUUGACGUUUCUUGGGCAGCCGAAGGCAUCACUUGCCUGUGUUCCACUUUCCAAGCAUAGUCUCAACCUGAUGGAUGUACCGUUGAUUAGCAGCUUCGUCCAGUCUGCUAUCGAUGCCGCCUUGGCGGAAUAUGUGGCCCCGAAGAGUUUGACCUUGAACCUGAAGGACAUGCUGGUUGGCGAAGAUUUCAAGAAGGACACCCUCAGCCGCGGCGUUGUGUUCAUCUUCAUUAAGAAAGCACGCGGCUUCAAACAGGGUGACGGGGGUAUUGGACCCAUGCAGGGCUCAAGCGAUUCCUAUGUCACCGUUUCGUGGGGAAAAUUCGGUAAGCCAGUGGCUUCGACCCGCAUCAUUGAGGGCGACCAAAGUCCCGAUUGGCAUGAGUAUGCGACAAUCUUGGUUUCUCCCGAGGAACUGAAUGCCGAAGAGAAACUACGCCUCCAGCUUUGGGACUCUGACAAGUGGACUGCUGACGAUGACCUCGGCCGCGUCGAACUGGAUCUGAAGUCGCUCAUCAAAAACCCGGAUUCACACAACAAGCUACAAGACCGCGAAGACCGUUUCACUGGCCAGGAUCCUGACGAGAAGAUGGCCGGAUCUCUUACCUGGAGCGUCGGGUACUUCUCAAAGCUUAGAAUCCAACAACACCAGCUAGACCAGCAGACUGUGGAUGAAAACAUCCGAACCAAAGAAAAGCUUAGGGAGCAUGUUUCAGAGGUAGCGGAGCACAAGUUGAGGGAAGCAGGCAAGGCUCCCGACGAUGAAGAGUUGCACCAACAGAAGGCACAGGAUUACCGAGAACUUGAGGACUCCAUGAUUAUCUCCGCUCCCCCGAGUGAGGAGUAUGUCUCAGGUGUGCUCAGUGUGCAUAUUCACAAUGUCACAGGCCUAGAGGUACAGAAGCUGCAGAAGCAGGACAAGAAAGAUGACGAGAAAGGGGGCCAUGAGGACGAGACCGAACAGAAUGACGACAUGCCCGACAGCUAUUGCACGAUUAUCCUUGAUCACAAGAAGAUAUAUCGAACUCGCACCAAGCCGAAGAACUCCAAGCCUUUUUACAAUGCGGGGACUGAACGGUUCAUCAGGGAUUGGCGCAACACAGAGGUUAUCGUGAGUGUUCGAGACGCCAGGGAAAGAGAAGACGACCCCCUGAUCGGAAUUGUGUAUCUUCCACUUGCGAAGAUAUUCGAGAAGAAGAGCCAAGUCAUGGACAACUUCCCUCUGGUGGGUGGUAUUGGAUACGGACGAGUCCGAAUCAGCCUCGUAUGGCGUAGCGUCGAAAUCAAGAUGCCACGUAAUCUUCGGGGAUGGGAUUACGGAACAGUCGAGAUUAGAGGCGCAAUUAAGGCCAAAGCAGGGCUCGCGGAUGAGCUCAAGAAGAACCGGCUCAAGGUCCGAACGAACCUAGGACGGAUCAAGAUGUACCGGGAGGACGAGUUGUGGAAGCUCAAAGGCAAGAGCGAGACAGAAAGCGCAUUCAUUGCUGUCCGCAAACGAUAUGCUUCUGCGCUGGUCAUUGAAUUUCGUCAGUCAACCAUUGGGCCUGACAAAACCCCGGCCUUCGCUGUGCUUUGGCUUCAAGACCUUGUGGACGAUGAAGACGAAGUCAGGACCCUGAAAGUCUGGAAAGGCUCGAAAGAAGCCCUUCAGAAAGCUGAGUCUUGCUAUGGCUACGAGGGAUCGGAAGAGAACGAACAGCCCCUGGGUGAGAUCGAAAUCUCACUCAAGUUCUGGCGGGGUCUUUCUGGAUUUCACAAAGGGUAUGCCGCAAAGGUCAAAAGUGCCGACAUGCGCCAAGUUAUGGAAUGUCUCGAUACGAUUACGGAUGAGAACUUGAAGGAAGACAGUGAGAUGGAGGACUCUGACAGCGACUCGGAUAGCCAAAACCACGACAGCCAUGCUAAGAAGAAGCUCAAGGUUCACACCAACGAUGACUCUUCUGCAUCCUCGGAUGACGAUGAGAAUGACGGAUCGUCAUCGAGCCUAUCUCUGGCAAACAUUAAAAAGGCGAAGAAGGUGUUUCGGAACCCUAUCGAGGGCGGCAUAGAAACGGCCACAUCCGUGCUGGCGCCUGGCCACAAUGAUUCUGAUGACGGGUCGCGGGGCGUCAAGGGUCAGCUCAGGGACUACAAGGAUCAUCACAAGCAGCUGCAUCGAAAGCACCGUGGUAUAAUGCAGUGGCGCGCUGCACGGGAGGCAGACCACCUGGGAGGGAAGCUUGGAAGGCUCAAGGGGAAUAUUUCUCAGAUUUUCAGUCAUAGUGAAAAGGACACUGGUGUCGAGACGGAGGUCUAG